CCUUCCCGUGAUAGACAGGCAUAGGCUUGAGUACGCAACAUAGAAGCUUCUUGGGAAUGAGCACUAUAUUCGAUCUUUUCAGCCAUGGCUUCCCAUUACUGGGGUCACAAUCACGACCUCUUCCAGAGGUAACGGUGGUGCCUGACUUAUUUCUUGGAGGCUCAUUGGUGCUAAACAUCCUGCUGCUUAUUUCUGGGGUUUGCAUGGCAUUUAGAUUGUACAGCCUCGGGGGAAGUCGGCAACAAUUAGCCAACAGGAUUUCAACUGUCACUGACCAGAUGUGGAAGCUGAUAUGCCAACUCCGUGUUAAUGAGUCAGAUGUGGGUUACUUGAAGGCACAGCUGCGUGAAACAAAAGAUGAUCUCAAGAAACUUAAUAAAGAGCUGCGCAGGAGGGAGGCAGACAUUUGUGAGAUAAAGAGCGCCAACUGCCAACUUCGAGAAGAGAUCCAUGGUGUCAAAGAGCAGCGUCAAGAUUGUGUGACUAGUACUAUCUACUCAGAAAUGAAAAGCCUCAAGCAUGAGCAGCGAUGUCUUGAAAUGGACACCUUCCGUGAGGACAUUCUUAGAAUGCUGAAAGAAAUUUUGGAAGCGCUAAGACGGAAUGAGGACAAGUGGGAAGGUGCACAAAAAGAUGAGACAGAGGAAGGAGAGUUUGAUUUAUCUGAAGAAGAAGAUGAUGAUGAUGAAGAAAGGGUCAAACAGUCACCUUCUGCUGUGCUGAGUCAGCUCAAAGCCGAUGCAGAAUACAAGGUUGUAUUUGAAAAGUACAUCCUUGGGCGCUUGCUAGGUGGUGGUGGAUUUGGUCAGGUGUGGGUAGCAGAAAGAAUAGAGGACCACAGCCAGGUGGCCAUUAAGGUUAUGGAUGCAGAACCAGAAAAAGUUAUCUUGAAGAAAUCAAAUAAUGAAAUGGAAAUUUUGCCUUGGGAGGUGGGACUAAUGAAGCAGGCUUCUGAUCCCACACACCCUGGUGUGAUCAAACUGCUGGAUUGGUUUACUGGACCCACUAAGAACGUGCUGGUGAUGGAACUUAUGGAGGCCUCCAUGGAUCUCAUUGACUAUAUGAAGAAUCAAGGAGGCCAUCUGACUGAAGAUGUAACCAGAAAUAUCAUCUGCCAAGUUGUCCAUGCUGUUCAGCAUAUCCACUCCUGCCGGGUUUUUCAUAGAGACCUGAAACCAGAAAAUAUUUUGAUACAGACCACUACUUUAAAUAUCAAGCUGAUUGAUUUUGGCUGUGGAACCAUGUUGAAGAUGGGGAAAUAUGACAAUUUUGAAGGUAUGCAAGGUAUUAUUUGCACUAGUGAUCAAAUGAGACAGACAUGAUAAGUUUUUACUACUCUUAUAUAUCCAGGUACAACCUUAUAUGCUCCUCCUGAGUGGUUUCGCUUGAAGCAAUUUCAGGCCAUCCCAUCUACCUCAUGGUCUCUCGGAGUCACAAUGUUUGAACUACUCUGUGGGCACCUGCCAUUUCAAAGAAUAUCACAGAUAGUCAGUUGCAAGUUCACAUUUACAAAAGACCUGUCAUUUGGUAAGAAAAUUAGAUUUUCUAACAUUUUUUAUUGUUGUAGUGAGUAUAAUUCUGAGCUUCUGUCUGUCAUGAUUCACCAUUUCAUUUCUUAUAUUUAUCUUUGAUUAAUUUUGUUAUAGAAUUAUAAUUUUUCCUUCACUAUUACUUUAAGCAAUGCCAUUUUGUAAAUACUAUAAACACUGCCAUUUUCUUAACUUUAGGACUCUGCU